AACUCUAAAUGACACUUUCAAACUUCAUAAAACUCGUAGAGGAAAGUAUUUUAUAUGAAUUGGAUGAAGUAAUAUAUAGAAAGUCUCCAAAAAUACUGUACUAUCAAUAGAAGGAGGGAACCAUUCACAACGGCUUACUAUAAGUGACACGACUGUACAUGGUUACAUCCAUAAAUAGUUUCUCGGCGCACAGAGAUAUCCACAGAUACGAUUCAGUUUUUUUAGAACAACAGCCUCAAAAAUAACUCAGUUUUCACUAGGAUAUAGCGAGAGUGCGUUCUAUCUGGAACUUUUCUUGAUAUUAUCAGAAUGGAUGAAUAUAUCAAUUCACAUUGGACUUAGCUCUGAUCCUCCGCCAUUAAGAUGACUACGAAACGUUUAUUGUGCAUUCAGUCUUCUGUCUGCCACGGAUAUGUUGGAAGUCGCUCAGCUACGUUUCCUUUGCAGUUGUUAGGUUGGGAUGUCGAUGUUAUUCCAACCGUCGAACUUUCAACUCAUGCAGGCUAUCCGGUUGUUUAUGGCAGAAAAGUUGAGCCCGAUCAAAUAGCCGACUUGUACACAGGAAUUGCGAAAGCAAAUCCUAGUGGAUUUGAUUGCUUGUUAACUGGAUAUGCUCGUGGAAAACUGGGUGUACAAGUCAUUUUUGAUACUGCAAAACAGGUGAAACAAUCUAAACCUGACACAUUUUGGGUCCUUGAUCCGGUGAUGGGAGACAAUGGAAAACUUUAUGUCGAGCAGGAUGUGAUCCCAAUUUACAAGGAGAUGCUUCCGUAUGCAGACCUUAUCACUCCGAACGCAUUUGAAGCAGAGAUUUUGGCCGAUGUCAAAAUCACAUCCCUUGAUUCCGCCGCUCAAUGUGCCAAGACUCUGCAUCGACUCUAUAAAAUGAAGUUUGUCGUCAUCACUUCGUUCACAACCAGUGAUUCCGAAAAGGAGGGAAGCUUGUACACACUGUGUUCUUACUCCGAAAACGAUCAGCAUUUCGAGGCAUAUUCCUUUAAAGUCCCCAUCAUCAAGGGUCUCUUUCGAGGCACGGGUGACUUACUAACUGCCUUGCUUGCAUCCUACAUGGGUGAUCCUAAGAGGGAAAAUCACGAAGGCUUAUUUUUGGCUACAAGCACUGCCAAGGCUCUGUCUUCUGUUCACGCUGUCAUUCGGUACACAGCUGAAAGAAUGAAGGCCUUGGGAUUGAAGGGUGUUCAUCCAUCUGAGACAGAGCUUUGCUUAAUACAAUGCCAAAAUGAACUUAAAAAUCCGCCUCACACCUUUAAGCCGAUUCCUUAUCAUCUUGAGUAGGAAGUAACUUAAUACAUUUUUCUUGGUUUUUCUUAAUAAACAGUUAAUUUUUCAUUAUGUUUAUAAAAUUAGUAAUUGCAUUUCUGCCAUUCAUUGCAUACUCCUCGGAAAAGGAACGUUAUGAAUCAUUAAUAAAAG